CAUUUCUUCUCGCGUUAGCUGGCAACAGUAGAGAACUAGUCUUGGACUGAACACAGUUGUUGGUCUGGUUGUACGAAGCAGAAGUUGCUUGAGAUGUUGCAACUCUUCAGGCGUGGAAUUUUUGGAGGGGUUUUCCCACAAAGAGCCUUGACAAAGCUCAUCUUUAUCAACUCACGGUUUGGACGUCCUGUACUUCAGAGCUUACACAUAAAAGUUGGAGACAAGGCUGAAAUUGCCAAAGCUUUUACCCAGGAUGAUGUUAUUACAUUUUCUCAUUUAACAGGUGACACAAAUCCUUUGCAUUUAAAUGAAGAUUUUGCAAAGCAGUCUAGGUUUGGGAGAAUUGUUGUACAUGGAGUUUUGAUCAAUGGACUUAUUUCUGCGGUUCUGGGUACUAAAAUGCCAGGUCAAGGAUGUAUAUUUCUUUCUCAGGAGAUCCGAUUCCCAGCUCCUUUGUAUCCUGGUGAGGAGGUUGUAGCUGGAGCAGAAGUGCAACACCUGAAGGGUUCUAUUGCUCACAUUUCGGUGUCCUGUAAAGUCAAAGACAGUGCAAAGACUGUUAUGGAGGGGAUGGUGAAAGUCAUGGUGCCAGACCGUCAGAGCUGUUGAUCCUGUGCUUCUCUACUAUAAAGGCCACAAAUGUACAGUU